CAAAACCCAUAUAAAAUGAUAAGGGAAAGCGAAGGUGCGUGUGAUUGUCAACACUUGUACGUACAAAGCAAUUCCACCUACCGGCAGAUCUCGGUUACUUAAGGCUGUACGGGUUGCGUUGUUCUGUCGGUAGUGGAUUAAUUCGCAAAACAAGAGACAAAAAAGUAAUCAUGCGAUCAUUAAUGUUAAAUACAAAAAAAAUGAGAGAAAGAGAAAAAAAAGUCUAGUUUGGACAAAAAAGAGCACGUCCACCGUACAAAGUACUUGCUAGCGCACGAUUAAGACGCACUGGUCGAAGAGGGGAGAUGAUAACUGAAGCAGAGUCUAAAACCUUUCGCCCGAUCGUUACUGCUCUCCAAGGUGCCAUCAAAUUAGUUCCCAAAAUACCUACUUGCCUAGAGACUCGUGCAGGAACCGCCGAGGGGGUUGUCCCUCUCUUCGAUGCGGGUUUUAAACAGUGCUGCUGCUUCCUGGCGUACCGUAUGGAUCUUGGCGAAUGUCCAAAGGUGCACGAUCUGGCAUUGCGAGCAGAUUACGAGAAUGCGUCGAAGAACAAAGAUUACUACUAUGAUGUUGAUGCCAUGGAACAUCUACAAGCUUUUAUUGCCGAUUGCGAUCGUCGUACCGAGGCGGCGAAGAAGCGGUUGGCGGAAACGCAAGAAGAAUUGACUGCCGAAGUGGCCGCUAAAGCAAACGCAGUCCACGAGCUGGCGGAGGAAAUUGGUAAGAAACUUGCGAAAGCAGAAGCUCUAGGUGAGGCGGGACAGGUGGAGGAAAGCAUGAAGUUAAUGUCGGAGAUCGAUGAGCUACGCUCGGAUAAAACGCGUGCAGAGCAGGAGUAUCGCAGUUCAAUUCCGGCAAGCACCUACCAACAGCAGAAGCUACGCGUGUGCGAAGUUUGCUCUGCGUACUUGGGAAUUCACGAUAAUGAUAUACGGCUGGCGGAUCAUUUUGGCGGUAAGCUGCAUCUCGGAUUUCUAGCUAUUCGUGACAAGUUGGCGGAACUGGAGAAAACCGCUGGUCCUCGGCAGAAGGAGCUGCGCAAAACGGGACGCGAUCGCGAUCACGAAGAUCGUAGUCGGUCGCGUUAUGUCGGUGGAAGAGAACUCGAUCGACGUUCUCGUGCUUUGGCUCGCAGUCGUGAGCGCAAGGAUACGCCUCGUGAGAUGAAACCGAACGAAGAUCGUAAAGACAGGACUGAGACCCGCGAUCGUGACCGAGAUCAACGCGAUCGAGGCGACCGAAGAAGAUCUUCCGAUCGCAACAAUAGGCGUUCUAGAAGCCGUGAUCGUAGUCGUGAGCGAGAUCGCCACAAUGAUCGUCAUAAUGAUCGCCGUCGACGGUCGCGAUCCCGCGAGAGAUCUAGACGGUAAGCAUCUAUAAUUCUGUAGACAUCAUUCAAGCAGGUAUUCGGAUGCGUAGACACGACUAACGCGCUUACUAAGGAAGCCGAUCAAUAAACGACUAUAAUUCAGUCAACUAUCAUCGAGGAUUUUUGGAAACGGCGGUUGGUACGUCGCUUAAGUGUAAUCAUAGUUUUAUAUUAUUUCUUUUUCCCAAACUAAACCUCUCGUUUUGUUUCGUCAAUUCUAACGCCACAACAACAAAAAAACAAAAUGAACAUUUUUAGUUAGUUUCAUUUAAAGAAAUUUGAAAAUGUUAAUAUUGUGCAAAAUGUAGCUCCCAUCCUUAGUUAGUGUCAAACGGUGAAAUUUAUUUUAAACUUAUGACUGCAAAAAUAGUGCAAAACAUAGUGAUGAGUGUGUCACGUGUGCUAACACGUGGUCGUCGAUUCAAACAAAAACGAGCAACGGCUGAUUUGGUGAUUCCUCCGAGUAUGUAUUGAAACCGUGUAAAACAAAACAGUAGAAUCGUAUAUGUUGUAUCUAGUUGAGGAUAAGAAAGACAAAUGAAACAGGAUCAGAUAUCUUUAGCUUGUAGGCUCAGAUUAAGAUAUCAGGAAAGAAAACGAAGUAUGCAGUUUAGCAUGUACGGAUGAAAGAAUAGCAAAUUGAAAUUAUGCUGUUCUCUUGUAUGACCUUUAGAUUAUCUGAUCAGAUGGUCCUUUUAUUCCAUAGAGAAAGAUGAUCCGUUUCAUCAUCGUUCGUUUCAGAACAUCGAACUGUUGGUAACAUACUUGAAAAGGACCUGUCUGCCUUUCAAGCAGUUGAUAAUUUGUAAGAAAUUUUGUAUAGUAUACAGCAGAUGUAGAAUCAGGCUGGUUCAGAUCACUUAAUUUUCGAUUCAUCGCGUGUAAAUUGAAUAAUUAGUUAAGCAUUUAAAGUAUCUUGAUACAAAUUUCACGUCAGUUCCCAUACAGAUUUUGUUGGUGUAUAGAUGCAAUAAAAUUGAU